CUUUCUCCAACUUGGACCGGCUAGCAAGCCACGCUUUAUUUCAACAACCCGUACCAACUGUGAAAUGCCUGUAAGUUGAAUUUUACAUGUACUAAGAUUCAUUUAAAUUGUUAUCAAAGUGAUAAUUAAACUUAGCCACUUAGUAUUUAGCAGGCCCUCUGUGAGUAAAAAGACUCAUUUAUCACGAAUUUAUUUUCCGGUUGUACUGUCGGGAAUUUGUAACAAUGAUGGCUGAAAUGUAUGAUUGUGCGCCAUCUUGAAGAUUUGCGCUUUGGUUAUAAAAUUUCUAGAAAGUUCCCUAAGUAAAUCAAAAUUUAAUGCAGCAAAGUUUGUAAUUUCACUUAACCAACUUGUCGGUUAAUUUAUUUCAUGCUCGUCAUAUUUGAAUGUGGGAAAUAAUAUAAUUGGGCUCCAUUUGUGACAGUGGAGAGGGGAUGUAUUAAUUCACUAAUUUAUAUUAUAUUCUACCUAUAUUAAAUUACAGUAAACAGGUCCCUUUUUUAAAAAAAAAAUAUUUGGUACAAUGGACUUAUGGCAAUAGUGUUGAAAAUGAAAUUAUACAAAAUUAACUCUUUAUUAACUUAACUAAACUAAUCUUAACUUCUUUGAACCAGUUUUUAGUUAGUGAUUUUAUAGUUUAUGCUCAAUUAGAUAUCCAGAUUACCGUAUCUGUGGUUGAAAUAAUUGAAUAUUUUUCAUCUUACAGUAUCAAGGUGGCGGAGGAUAUGGUGGUGGUGGUGGUGGCUACGGUGGUGGAGGUGGAGGGGGUGGUCGCUAUGGUGGAGGUGGUGGUGGCGGCGGCAGAGGAGGAAGAGGUGGUGGUAGAGGUGGCGGAGGAAGAUACAAUGAUGAAGGUGAUGCAGACCCUAAUGCAGAACAAUUCAGAAAGCUUUUUGUUGGAGGUCUUAGCUAUGAAACAGAUGAAGAUGGUCUACGAACACAUUUUGAGAAAUGGGGUGAAAUAGUUGACUGUGUUGUUAUGCGUGACCCCAAUACAAAAAGGUAAGAAUAGUUACAUCAUAACAGAUCAUAGUUAAAUUAAAGGCAGUGUCUACAUGCGCCGGGCGUCUAUCUCCCGCACUAUGUGUCCGGUGACCAAGUCACAUGACUGCCGUAUCAAAGUGGCGAGAGAUAUCGUGUCGGUCAGCCUUGUCACGUGACUGCGAAUAAUUCAAAACUAUUGUUAAUUUUAAAAUCUAUUUCUCUACCAAGUAAUGUACGGAGUAUCUUGAAUGCAAAUAAUAGAAAAACAAACUUAAGUGAAAGUGGCUUGUAAACAUUUUUGUUUAGUUUGUUAUUUUUUGUGUACCAGUAAUCCAUAAAAUAAAUUAGGGGCCAGUGUGGCAACCAAUAAAAGUUAAAGAUUUCAUUUUAAAUUAUUUCAAUUGCUACAAAAUAUUUAAAAACUUCUCAUGAAACUACUGUUGCUGAGGAACAUGAUAAUAUAAAUAUAUACAAAAUAUUUAAAUUAAAAUGGGAAGAAAAAAACGACCGUAUCCCCGGUAUAGAUCCUCAAACAUUCCUAUCGUCAAGCAACCACUCUACCACAAGACCAGACAAGAUGUACUAAAUCGUACUUCGUUUGGAAUUAUAAAAACUACUAGCCGUCCAGCGGUCACGUGACAAGUCGCCGGACGUGUAUCUUGCGCGCGCCGGACGUGUAGACACUUCGUAAAUUAAACAAGUGACUGUUAAAGAUUUAAAUGCAAAUAAUUUAAAACAGGAAGGUUUACAAAGGAAGGUUUACAAUAUAGUAUACUCGUAUCCAGCUGUGAGCUUACUACUCCUUGUCUUUACGUUUCAAUUAUUUCUGUAGCAAAGCUAUGAUGUUAAAAAAUAUUUGCUAUCUGAUAGUAUUAUUUGAUGGAUAAAAAUUCUACCACCUAGAUCUCUGAGCUUUGCCUUAUUCUUAAAAAUUCGUCUAAAAAUUCGAGACUUUAGUAAUGAAUAUUUUAAUCUACAAUAUUUUAAAAUUCAGUUUCAUUUUAUAGAAUGUUUUUUAAAAAAUUUUCAGAUCUAGAGGCUUCGGUUUUAUCACAUACAAAGAUUCUGCAAUGAUUGAUGAAGCUCAAACAAAUAGACCCCACAAAAUAGACAAUAGGGAAGUUGAAACAAAGCGUGCCAUGCCCAGAGAUGUAAGCAUAGUUUUAAUAUUAUGGAUCAAUAUAACUUGAACGAUAGUUACACUUAAUUAGUUUUACAUUUGAUUUCUACCUACCAAUUUGAAUUAUUUUAACAGGCUGCUGGAACAAGUAACCACCAAUCUGUGAAAAAAAUGUUUAUUGGAGGCAUGAAAGAUGACACAACAGAGGAACACAUUCGAGAGGUCUUCAGUACGUUUGGCUCAAUUGAGUCAAUUGAUAUUGUAACAGAUAAAAAUACGGGGAAGGUGCGAGGAUUUGCAUUUGUCAGUUUUGAAGAUUAUGACUCUGUGGACAAAGCUGUAUGUGAGUACAUCUUGUUAUUACUUACAUUUAUCCUGUUUAAGCAAAGCCAUGAUGUUAAAAAUAUUUGCUAUCUGAUAGAAUUAUUUGAUGGAUAAAAACUCUACCACCUAGAUCUCUGAGCUUUGCCUUGCCAUAGUUUUUAUAUUUGCCUAUAGGUUUAUUUAAAUUUUAGUAUAGCGGUACAUACAUUUUAACAAUUGUGAUAUGGGUGCAUAUAUUGAACUUACUAUUUUCUUCUGCAGUGAAAAAGAGGCAUGAUCUGAAUGGUAGAAAAGUGGAGGUUAAAAAGGCAGUUUCAAAAGACCAAAUGGAUGGUAUGUUGAUUUACUAUUGUUGAAAAAUGAUCCUAGAGGAUUUUAAGUUAACAUCCAUUUCUGUUUUAUUUUUAUGAAAAAUAUUUUGCAUUUCAGGUGGUGCCAGAGGUGGUGGAAUGGCAGGGAGAGGACGAGGCAGGGGAGACAGCUAUGGUGGCGGAUAUGGAGCCAAUGGUGGUGGUGGUGGUUAUGGUAUGUACUAAGUAUUUAUGUAUGACAACACAAUGCAUAUGGGCAGGUCUGCAUUUUUACAAGGAUAUCUAUAUUGUGUGAUGUGGAUGUGUGUGCUUAAAUCUUUUGUAAUGAUUUUUUAUCGGUCGUAUAAAGCUCUUUCAAAGUUGGUGAAAAUAGAAUUUGCAUUUUUAAAAAUACUUUAUUAAAUUCUCGAUGUGUUAUCUUUUACCUUAAUAUACAAACUUAGUUAAAGUAAGAAAUUAAUUGCUUUUAACAAAAUUUAUAUAAUUUGGUUUGAUCUUACUUUUUCAGUCAGCUGCUACUUUGUGUAUAUCUAUAAAUUAUAUAUUUAUUUUAUUUUAAAAACAGGAUUAAGGUCUACAAGUGGAUUACAAUGUGGACUAUUUUUUUUGACAUUUUCAGCACCAUAGCCUAGUUUUAUAGUUCCUAUUCAAUUCUCUGAAAAUGUGAUGUAGCUGCUAAUGUUAACCCUGUAGACGUUUAAAAAAUUUCUUCUAUUUUUCAUUGACUGCCAAUAAUUUAAUGACUAGUAUGUAGUAAUUUUCAAAUAUGAAACAUGGCUGGUGCUGAAUUUGUUAAAAGUUGCAGUUAUUGUUGAAGUUUCCCCAGCAUUGUUUGGAUUGGGCAUUUAAGAAAACCUUUUACCAAAAGAGCAAAGCAACUUGCUAAUAGCUUUAGCCAGCUAUUUGAUAUCAUCCCACAGUGUUUUUUACAGCUAAAUUAGGUCAUUUAAGUAAUAAGUGUUAAUGUGUGCCCUGUUACAGGAGGUUACAGUGGUGGUGGUGGCUAUGGAGGUGGCGGAUACGGCGGAGGAUAUGGAGGACAGGGCUGGGGAGGCUCUGGAGGCGGCUAUGGCGACUACAGUAAGUUCCACCCCCCCCAAAGUUCCUCUUCUGAACUUGCGCUGGGAUUUCAGUUGUUCUCAUCUUUGUCUAAUGCGUGACAUACUUCCAAAAGGUUUAGCUAUGAAAAGAAAAAAGGCAAGUUAAUAGUCUGAAAUAAACACUGUGAGGCUGAUGGGGUACAACAAUAAUUGCGGCGUACUUAAUUUUGAAAUGCAUGGAAAAUUCUGUAAACAUAGCUUUACGAAGUUUCCUAUCAAUGUAUUUUUUGUUUUUAAUUACCAGACAGCAGCUGGGGAGGAGGUGGUGGUGGUGGUUUUGGUUCCAACUACGGAGGUGACUAUGGUGGUGGCCCAAUGAAAGGAGGCGGCUACUCAGCUCGUGGACAGGGUCCUUAUGGAGGUUUGUUUGCUUUGAUCAGUAUUUUUCAUGCAUUUUAAUAUGGCUGCUAAAAAAAAACGCGAUUUCAUCGGUUCAGUAAAAUCACAGUUGUCAUUAUGAACAAUUCAGUUUUAGGGCUUAGUUUUUAUCUCUAGGGUAUUUUCCUUUUCUUCCUAUUGCUCCUUGGUUUUAACAAUAGUUGCCUUAAUUAAUGCCUUUUUUCCUUUCUUGACUAUUGUAUCAUGAAAUGGUUUUAUGACACCUGAGUGUUGCAGGCACUUUUCAAAGUUAUUAGCAUUUUGGGUAGUAAAGAAUUAUUUUGCCAGAGCUUUUUAAAGCAUCUGCAUAUUCUUUAUUGCCCCUAUUUGCUGUUAAUUUAUUGUUAAACAUCUUUCUCUUUCAAUCAACAUUUAGAUAAAAACGUUACAAACGUUUCGUCGGCAGGUGGCUAUGGACAAGGUGGUGGCUAUGGUGGUGGUGGUGGUUACAGGCGAUAGAAUUUAUCUUAUGCUAUUCUUAACAAGACACAGGUAAGUUGCUCACAAAGAUAGGCUUUCACUGCAAUGCUGAAGCUGGUGAACUUGUACCCUUUUUUUUAACUUAACAAAUUUUUCUUAGUGUCAAGUAGGGCUUUUAAGUAUAUACGAUUUGGCUUUGAGUGAAAGCCUAGGUUUGUGAUUUGUUUAAAUGUUUGCCAAUAAGUCGGUAGUCUGGUGAAAGAGGAAUACAUGUAGGUGGAAAACUUUAUGGCGUUUCAUCAAAUGACAAGACUACUUCAGUCAUGUUGAGACUCCCCUUAGUGCGUGGUUGUGGCUUUAUUCCCAAAACUUUGAAAAGAAUUGGUUGGGCAGUGGAAAGGAUCAAGAAUGUAUCAUUUCCAGGGAGUCUCUUCAGAACAUGUUUUUCCUAAAUGGUAAUGUAUUUGUUUGUCUGAACUUUUUCUAUGGAUCUCAUUCAUAAACCAUUGUGUUAAGUGCAUUUUGUUGCAGAUAUCAUAACUGCUGUUUCCUUUCCUCACUUAUUAUAGGCAGGCAGGCAAACAGGUUGUAAGCAGAUUAAGGAUACUAGAAUCUGGAAGAUUUAGCAGGCAGGCAGUUCAGACUUCAGGCUUAGAUAGGGUUGUAUGACCAUCAGCCUAGGGAAAUCCUAUCUAUUCUCAAAGCCUUCCAAUCAUCAACAUUAGGUUCUCUAAGCAACCAUUUCGAGCAGUCUACUUGAGUGUUAGGAGUCAGAUCAGGUAGCCGCGUCAUUACUCAGUGUAGUCAUAUUGCUCUUAUUUUUCAAUGUCAACUAAGUGUUAUUUUCGUCAAGUAUUCUUGUCCUUGCUAUUAUUAAAAAUUUAUUUAGAUAUGACUCAAGGAAGACACAAUUGAGAAGUUAGUUGAAAGGGCAAAAUAUUCUUGAGGUUUUGUCUAAGAAAAGAAAAAAUCUCUUGGUUAUUUGCGGGUGGAGUGGGUGUUUUAGAUUUCUUUAGUGAGUAGUUAAUUCACCAAAAUAAUCUAGCCCUAGUAGAUCUUCAUUAAACUGUGCCUGCCUUGAUAUUUUUAGAAUAGACGGUUGUAUUGUCAGAUGUUACAUUGCCUGCGUUUAUCAUCAUGUAAGAUAGAAGCCUGCAUUAAGAUUUUUUCAAAACUUGCUUUUAUAUUCCAUCAGUAUCCUCAUGAAAUCGUUCAUUCAUCAAUUCAUUUGUCCAACAUUCUCAUUACCUUGUAUAUCAACGGGAGGUACAAUCAUUGGGGCUCUUUGUCAUAACUCACCUCAUAAUGUUCAUUGGUGUUCUUUUAUGUGAAUGUUGUCCUUUAUGUCCAGUGUUGUUUUUUUAAAAACAUUUUUUUAAACAUUUUAAUUUUUUAAAAUUAAAUGUUUGUGGAAUAAUAAAUUGUUUUAUCAGAUAUAC